AUGGGGUUCACUUACCUUCUACUCAUCCUCACUCUGAUGGCGUUACAAAAAAACCGCACUCGUAGCUAUUACAACGGGAGCAUUGAGUUUCAAUUCACAAUUGACGAGGAGUACAAGAACUGCAGUGAUCAAGAUGGGGUGUUUUCUUCAAAAUACGACGCAGUCCUGGGAAUCAUGGAAUAUCUAACGCCAUAUGAGCCUGGCGGCGGGAGUGCCUUUGCGUUUCUUUUGAGUGGCUGGAAACCUGGCUUUGUGCCAGGUGAGGUUGUGAAUGUUGAUAAUACAUCACUGAACUGGUUUCCCGCCGAAGUCGAAGUGACUUUGAAUUCAUUUGCUUUUUCUAGGAGCUACUUAACUAUUGAGAUGCAUUUAGCGACGCGUACGUGGGAACUCGCUGCCCGGAAGAAUGGAAAUGGGUAUAAUUUUAAGGGCAGUAUAUAUGAAAACACUUACCAAGAUAGUUCUCUAUUCAUCCAAUACCUCCCACUGUGUAGCAAGGCGAACGACUCAUCCGCACCCCCGACGUCGUUUUAUUCCUAUCCCUUUGUUGACUCGGAGGCAUCGUUCAGCGAUCGCGCACAAUACGAAGCACUGCGCAACCAGGUCAAUGGGAGCUUUGAUGCAAUGGAAGCCACCCUCACUGCCAGUGGUGCAUUUAUUGGCAGCUUUGAUAGUAUACAACAUCGGAAAAUAAUCCGGAUUGGCAGGACAAUGAUGCGUCAAGAGCAAGAAGUAGUGAAGCAUCUUUGA